AUGUUCGGAACAAAAUUUCAGAAUCAAUCCAAUCGCCCUUCAUGGACUCCAACGGUCACUGCAAUGUUAGAAGGGAAAAGACCAUGGAUCCGACAACUAAAUUGGUUGACAUUGAUGUUGAUUGACAUUGAUAAUGGAAUCAU